UAUAAUAUAUUUAAUAUAUCUCGUGUAUUUUCUGUUGUUAUAAAAUCUUUAUACAGUAAGUUUGAUCAGUAACACACUGAAUGUUUUUAGCUGCACAGAGGCAGAUUUAAGAGAUUUGAUCAGUUUCUCUUCCUGAAAGUCGCAGAAUGACUGAAGCAUUUUCAGCCAGUGAGCAGCACGCGCGCGUUCACAGCCGUAAAUCUGCGGGUUUUCUUGAACGCUUGAGUGACAGCACGGGUGGAGUGAUCGCGGGUCUCUGUCUGUUCACCCUGUCUGUCUAUCUGCUCUUCACCAACGAGGGUCGAGCUGUUCGUACUGCUCUCUCUCUGGAUGAGGGUCUCUCUCAGGUUGUGUCUCUUGGUGCAGAUUUGAGUUUGGAUCCUGAGAAUAACAAUCGUCUGGUUCAUCUCUCCGGCAAACUGCAGACAGGACAGCCCCUGUAUGACCCGAACUACAGCGUGUCUGUGCAUGCAGUGAAGUUGAAGAGACAGGUGGAGAUGUACCAGUGGGUGGAGUACACAGAGAGCAGGGACUUUAAAGAAAACGGAGAGACUAAGACAGAAACCACAUACACAUACAACACCGAGUGGAAGUCAGAGGUCAUUAGCAGCCGACACUUUGAUCAGGAGGUCGGCCACAUGAACCCGAGUGCUAUGGCGGUAGAGAGCGUGACUGUUGUGGCACCUGACGUUUGGGUCGGAGAACUCUUUCUGUCCAAAGGGUUAAUUGACCAAAUUAAUGACUUCCAAACGUUGAGUCUUAAAGGAUUUCCUGUUUUUGACGCCAACACUUUCCUGACUGUGUAUGAAGAUUAUUUCUAUCACACUGCAAACCCUCGAAGGCCAGAGGUGGGAGAUGUUCGCGUUAUGUUCACCUAUGCUGGUCUCAGUGGUGACGAAUUGUUUCCUGGCCCCGCCCACAAGGUGAGUAUUGUGGCCAUGCAGCAGGGUGAUAAACUGAUGCCCUAUAAGACUCGGUCAGGGGACACGCUGGAGAUCUUGUACAUGGACGAGCUGUCUGCAGAGGAGGUGUUUGCUAAAGAGCACCAGCUGAACAAUAUGAAGACUUGGGCAUUCAGGGUGGGAGGCUGGGCGCUCAUGUUUCUGGGCAUCAGUCUGACCACACGCAUCAUAUACACACUGGUGGAUUGGGUUCCUGUCGUGAGGGAGUUGGUAUCUCUGGGCUUGAAGAUGUUUGCUCUCAUCAUCUCAUCUUCUCUGUCUCUGCUCGUCAUCGCUGUGGGCUGGGUCUUCUAUCGCCCUCUGGUGGCAGCGCUGAUAACGGCCCUCGCUCUGCUGCCGGUUCUUAUAGGACGCACCAGAGCUCCGUUCAAGAAAACACAAUGACUAUAUUAUUGUGUUGGUAAAUCAAGGUGUCUGAACACAAAAAUGAAGGUUGAUUUGUGGUGGUAGGCUGUGACUUCCUGUUCCCAUGUAAAGUGAAAUAUUGUUUAAAGUUAAGAGACAAACUGCAGAUCUCUUAAGAAACUUUCACCACAA